CAGCCGCUACCCCUCGCCCACCCGCCCGCCCCGACGCCAUUGGAGCCGUGGGAAGGUUCUAGAGGAAGAUGAAGGUGAUCGAGAAGAUCCAGGAGGCGGCGGCGAAUGGCCGGACCGCCUUCUCCUUCGAGUACUUCCCGCCCAAGACGGAGGAGGGCGUCGAGAACCUCUUCGAGCGGAUGGACCGCAUGGUCGCGCACGGCCCCAACUUCUGCGACAUCACCUGGGGCGCCGGCGGAUCCACCGCCGACGUCACCCUCGACAUCGCCAACCGCAUGCAGAACAUGGUAUGCGUGGAAACGAUGAUGCACUUGACGUGCACCAACAUGCCAGUGGAGAAGAUCGAUAAUGCUUUGGAUACCAUCAAGUCGAAUGGGAUUCAAAAUGUUCUGGCACUUAGAGGAGAUCCUCCACAUGGCCAGGACAAAUUUGUUCAAGUUGCUGGUGGAUUUUCUUGUGCUCUAGAUCUGGUGGAGCACAUUAAAGCCAAGUAUGGUGAUUACUUUGGCAUAACUGUCGCUGGCUAUCCAGGUUUGCAAAUCUUAGCUUCUCUCUACAGUCGGUGGACGGUUUCAAUGUUGCAAAUUAUAAUUGUCAUUUCUGUUUUUCAAAUGUCAGAGGCACACCCUGAGGUAAUACUAGGCGAGGAAGGUGCUACGGAGGAAGCAUAUAGCAAAGAUCUUGCUUACUUGAAGAGAAAGGUUGAUGCUGGCGCUGACGUUAUAGUCACUCAGCUUUUCUAUGAUACCGAUAUCUUUCUCAAGUUUGUGAACGACUGCCGUCAAAUUGGUAUAACAUGCCCUAUUGUUCCUGGCAUAAUGCCAAUAAAUAACUACAAAGGAUUUGUGCGCAUGACUGGAUUCUGCAAAACUAAGAUUCCAGCUGAGAUUACUGCUGCCUUGGAUCCUAUUAAAGACAAUGAGGAGGCUGUGAAAGCAUAUGGAAUCCACCUUGGUACUGAGAUGUGCAAGAAAAUUUUGGCUAGUGGGAUCAAGACUUUGCACCUUUACACACUAAACAUGGAAAAGACUGCUUUAGCAAUUUUGAUGAAUCUUGGAUUAAUAGAGGAGUCCAAGCUUUCAAGAACAUUACCUUGGAGGCCUCCAACUAAUGUUUUCCGUGUCAAAGAGGAUGUUCGCCCUAUAUUCUGGGCCAACAGACCAAAGAGUUACAUCUCAAGGACCACUGGUUGGGAUCAGUACCCACAUGGGCGGUGGGGUGAUUCCAGGAACCCAUCAUAUGGAGCACUUAAUGACCACCAGUUCACACGGCCACGUGGGCGUGGCAAGAAGCUCCAAGAGGAAUGGGCUGUGCCACUGAAAUCUGUGCAAGACAUUAAUGAGCGGUUUGUGAACUUCUGUGAAGGGAAACUUAAAAGCAGUCCAUGGUCUGAGUUAGACGGUCUUCAACCCGAGACGACGAUAAUUGAUGAUCAGCUGGUGAAGAUUAACUCAAAGGGUUUCCUUACCAUCAACAGCCAACCUGCUGUAAACGCAGAGAAAUCUGAUUCUCCUAGUGUUGGAUGGGGCGGCCCAGGAGGCUAUGUUUACCAGAAGGCCUACGUCGAAUUCUUCUGCGCUAAGGAGAAGCUGGGCCAACUCAUCGAGAAGAGCAAGGCAUUCCCUUCCCUCACGUACAUCGCCGUGAACAAGGAAGGGGAAUCGAUCUCCAACAUCCCUGCGAACGCCGUGAACGCUGUUACAUGGGGUGUGUUCCCCGGCAAGGAGAUCAUCCAGCCUACCGUCGUUGACUCGGCAAGCUUCAUGGUCUGGAAAGAUGAAGCGUUUGAGAUCUGGUCCAGGGGAUGGGCCUGCCUGUUCCCUGAGGGCGACUCGUCCAGGGAGUUGCUAGAGCAGAUUCAGAAGAGCUAUUACUUGGUCAGCCUCGUGGACAAUGACUACAUCAGCGGGGACCUCUUUGCUGCAUUCAAGGAGAUCUAAUUUCGAUGAUACCUUACAGUAUGCUGUGUUUGACCGCCCUUCGCUAGAGUCCUGUAAUAUGAUUUGUUGUGAUUUCUGUUGAUUUAUCCAAACCACUCAAUAUGAAUAAGAAUUUUCGAUCUUUGUUC